UAUGCGACUCAGCUUGGUAACCUGGUGGAGCCUCGCAUCCCGUUAUUACGCCGUGACCUGAAAGAGGUUGCAUGCGCCAACAUCGAUGGCUACUUCCGUCUCGGCCAGAGCGCAGUGAAGGCGAAAAAACUUAUGGAGCAACACGCGUAUUCAUAUUCUUUGAAGUUUGAUUCCAAUGACAAUCCCUCGCCUAGGGGAAACAAACCCUACCAGGGUGAACUUGUUAUCUUUCUACUGCAUACUGGAAUCUUCAAUGGCCCGAAGUCCAUCGGCGUCAAAUUCGCAGAGCGCUUCAUCGAAAUUGCCGGCAACAAAGCCAAACGCCCCGAAAUGCCUGUGCCAUUGCUGGCGCUGGUUGCGAUGGCAAUCUAUGCAGCCCUGUUUUGGAAGACGCUUGGUUCCCCAGGGAAGUUCAACUUCACAGGGAAUCAAUUCAGCGAAACUUAUAUGUUUCAUGUGAAGUUCCUCGAGGAUCUGAAGAAGGACGUGCCUAAGAAGUUUCACUGCAUGAUGGCGGACAUCUAUGAGUCUGUUCAGUAA